UAUAGUUUAACACCAGUCAUGAGACUUGAAUAGAGUAACAUAGUGUGUGUGUGGGAGAGAGUGUACGUAAUACAUUGCUCGGUAGUCUGUGUAUUGCACAUGGGGUUUACUGCCACGACCUGUACGGCUACACGUUCAAAGAUCAAACGUUCUAGAAUCAAGAGAAAGAAUAUUAUCACUCGGAUGGUUAACAAUAUCAUUUAAUAUUAAUAAUUAUUUAUAACUAAACAUCGAGUGUCUGUUAUUACUGAAUAAUUUAUCAAGAAAAUGUACACAGUGUCAAAAGGACCUAGUAAAAUAGUUGCGAAAACUCGUAGAGGAAUUAGCCAAAAUCUCGACAGACUAGAUAGCUUGAGGGAUCUUACCAGAAAAUCGGACACUACUGAAAAAGAAUGCGAUGAUGAAAUUGACCGUCAUGCUCCAAAACCUGUUUUCAACGUUAACGGCAAAUCAAAAAUUUCCUCACAAAGACAUAGGAUGCAAGAGGUCAUUACUCCUCAACACGAGGAACUAAUUAAGUUUGUCUAUGAGUCUUGGAGUCAAAUAGGGUGUACAGCCAAUGGCCACGAGGACUCACAUAACUCUCAACACCAACAGCAGCAACAAGGAGGAGAUUUAAUAACGUCUUUGUAUUACAACGAUGGUGAACCAAAUGACGUUCUUCAAGACUUCAAACCAUUCGACCUGGAGUCUUGGUGGGGCAAAAGAUUGUUCAACAACAUCACAAAGUCUCUUUAAAUUCUAUAAAAAUUCAAACUACAGUUUUAAUAAAAAGAGAAAGAACGAAUGGUUUUAAAAAAAUGUGCAUAUUAACUUUUUAAAUCAAGUAUGAAAGAAAAAAUAUUAAAUUUUCGUUAGGUUGAAAACGGUGAUUAGAUUAAUGAACAUUUUAUGUAAUGUAUAAUCGCGAAUAUAUAAUAAUGCCCAAAGUGUUUAGAUAUUAAUGUCGCGGAUAUAUACAUUUAUAUUUCAGCUGUUGUUAGUAUGGUUAUUGAUGAUGAUGAUGAUGUUAAUGUUAAUGCAACGAUUUAUUGAAAGAUUAUGAGAAAAAGAUUGUUAAUCAUUUAAUUGAUCAAUUUAGUGUACAUAUUAUUAUUAUCAUCAUUCGAAAAAUUGUUUUGCAGAAUGAAAGUGGAGAGUAUGAUCGAGUGAAAGAUAAUUAAUUAAUUUUUUCUAUUGAAAUUAAAAUUAAAAUAAUAAUAAUAAUAAUAAUCUACUCUCGCACACACCAAUAGAAUAUUUUACUAUUUAGUGUAUCUUUGUAGACUGAUAUUUUUUAAGAUUGUUAUAUGUUCAUUUGCAGAGGCUCUGUAAUUAUAUCGAUUAAUUUAUUUUUAAUUAAUCAGACAAAAUAAAUCAUUUGUUAACAGAGAUUUAUUUAUGUCUUGAUUUGUAGUCCACAUUUAAGUAGUGCAAUAGUUUAUAUAUUAGAGCCAGAGGCCUACUGGACAAAUUGUUAUAUGACUAUAAAUAUAUCUUUAUAUACCACCAAACGUUGUACAUAAUACAUACAUUUUUUGUUAAUUAUUAACAUUUUGUAUCAAUAGUUAUAGAGUUUAUCAUUUAAUCAUAAGAAUAUAUAGUAGAUAUAUGUAAAUUUAUCCCGCUCUUUACUAUAUACAUAUAUAAUUAUAAUGAACACAUAAGUAGUAUUGGCCAGUUUAGGUCGGUGAAAAAAUCAGUACUGACCUACAGAAGCUAACUUUUAUCAGUUGUUUAUUUUUUUAUAAUCAUAUAUAUAUAUAUGUAUAUGUAUAAAACAAUAUAUGUACUUGUAUAUACAAUAAAAUAUACGAAAAAGUUACGCAAUGACCAGUAGAGUAGCCUGUCGAAACUCACAGUCUCGUGCCUUGUAAAUAUAAUAAAUAUAUAUAUAAAUAA